AAAUCCAGCAUCAAGAAGCAACCAACUUCCCAAGCUUGUCUUCCUCAAAAUCAGGAGUGCCGAGGGUCUAUCGGAAAUAACCUCUCUAACCCCACACAGGGAGGGGUAAGGUCUGCGUACAUCAUAUUCUCCCCAUACCCCACUUGAAGGAUUACACUGGGUAUGCUGUUGUUGUUGGACUUCAAUUUUCAAACGUGUUUCAGCUUUGGGAUUUAGCUAAUUUUUUUUGUUCUUCUUGCAUGGAUUAAAGUUAUAUAAUGUGAUAGUCUCCGCAUUACUCUUUGAAGCUCAUUCUCUUUCUCAGCUGGCGGCAAAAACUAGACAUCUUUUGGAGAAUUCGGUGGGCAGAGCUGAAUAACUCAUUACUCUGUGGAUUGGUUUGUUUUGGUGAAGUAUAAGAGAUGCCCAAAGAGCUUCCUGGAUUUUACUAUGAUGCGGAGAAGAACAGAUAUUUCCCUAUUAAGGGUCCGAUUCCUGGCUCCUCUAAGAAACGAAAAUCACCUCCAUCUAAGGAGAGACACAAAGGGAAAUGCAUGAAAUCAAGGAGCAACAAUAAGUUACUCCAUGUUAGAGAGUUGUAUGGUAAAGUCAUUGAAACCAGAAAAGGGAAACUAAAUACUCAAAUGGAAUUCCUGAAGAAACACGCAUCAUACCCUCUGAUUUGGAAGUAUGAUGGGACUCAAAGAGUUGUUGACAGUGCCUUGGAGCACUUGACUGUUGAUCUAAACACGCCAGAGGGCCUGUUGAAAACUGAUAUUCUGUUGACAGGUGGCAUGAAUGGCUCGUUGUGUCUAUAUGAAGUUGGAAAGGUUGGACAAGAAUUUAAUCAAGGGGUAAAAUGCUUGCCAGAUCGUGUUUGGCCUCUCAAAGCCGGAUACGGAGAAGGGUACUGUGACUCACCUGGACAUGUCUGGAGACCUCCAGGAGCUUUUGUACAUAUGCCAUCCAAUAUAUCUUGUAUAAAGAUGUCCCAGAAGCACCCUGCAUCUGUCAGUGAUGCUUCUUUAAAGCAUGUUCUGAUAACUACUCUGGGAGCUGAAUCAUCUGGUGGAACAGUCAACAUUCUGAACCUGAGUGAACCACUAGAUCUUAAUUCAAGUAUACCAACUUUUAGAAGCAGGAUUUCUGAGAUUACUUCAUUUGAGCAUACAAUUUGGACAGCAGAUUGUAGUCAUGAUCAGAAACAAGCAGUAAUAGGCACCAAUAGAGGAGCUGCAAUGUUGGACAUAGAAACAGGAGUGAAAUCCUGGGUUUGUCGGUCUAAAAGCGACAUUUUCUCCAUACAAUUUGACAAUUCAGAAAAUAUUGUUUUAUGUGGGCUAAGAAAUGGAACAAUUUUGGCCAUCGACACCCGUCAAAAACCAGGAGAUUUUUCUGGUAGACUUCCUCAUAAUAGAAUUCCGUGCCAUCCUGAUGGACCUUCUAGUAGGUUUAAAAACUCUGCUAGAGAUUCCUUCCAGAUCAAAGGGAAGAUGUACCAUGGCAACACAAUAUCUAUGCCUUCAUCUGUAUGUUGUUUGGCAUCUUUGAGACUUUAUGAUCGAUGUUUCCUGGCAAGCUCCAUGGAUGGAUCAAUAAAGCUUUAUGAUCAACGUCUAAUGAGGGGUGCAAUUCAAUCUUAUGAGGGAAAUAAAAAUUCUCAUAGUCGUAUACAGCUUGGAGUUGACCCCUCAGAGACAAUUGUCAUGUCAGGUGGAGAGGACUGUCAUUUGCGGCUAUGGAGUAUCAAAUCUGGUGAAUUGCUAUUCAGCGAGAAAUUCAUGGAUACGAUCCCCUCGGUUGUACGCUGGCCAAAAACUGGAGGUCUCCUAGGAGUGGGAAAGCAGAUCCAAGGUGCAUGGCUUGGAUCUGAAGAAGGGUUGUUUUUCAUGGACUGGCCUUGAAGAAUGUUCUUUGUGAUUUCUUACUUGGAAUAUUCAGAACUUUGCACAUACGGCUGUCAGCUGGUUUUGAAUGAUACACAACUCACCUGAUUAUGAAUGGGAACUGAAAGACAUUAAUUUUAGCUUGUCGACAACAAAUUAGGAGCGGAGACUGAAAUCUUGGUUUUGCCUUGAGGAGUUUCUUCCUUCUCAUAUUAUGUAUAACUUACAGAAAGGAGAUUAGAACUGAAAAACUCCAGGAUUGUAGGUUGUAACUGAGUCAGACUUUUACUAGGUUUGUUUAUUAGAUUAAUUUUAUUUCAAAAAAAAUGUGAUAGUUUAAAUGUAAUUCUUUUAUGCUAUCAAUGUAGUUCAACUUAGCUA